GAGGAAAGUACAGCUUCAACAUCCGAAGUCUCCACAGCAACGCCGUCCACCAGCACUGAGGAAAGUACAGCUUCAACAUCCGAAGUCUCCACAGCAACGCCGUCCACCAGCACUUCGGAGGAAAGUACAGCUUCAACAUCCGAAGUCUCCACAGCAACGCCGUCCACCAGCACUUCGGAGGAAAGUACAGCUUCAACAUCCGAAGUCUCCACAGCAACGCCGUCCACCAGCACUUCGACCAUUCCUCCAGUGGAAACCACUUCAGCGCCCUCCACCAAGACGGAAACCAUUCCUCCAGUGGAAACCACUUCAGCGCCCUCCACCAAGACGGAAGAGGAAAGUACAGCUUCAACAUCCGAAGUCUCCACAGCAACGCCGUCCACCAGCACUUCGGAGGAAAGUACAGCUUCAACAUCCGAAGUCUCCACAGCAACGCCGUCCACCAGCACUUCGGAGGAAAGUACAGCUUCAACAUCCGAAGUCUCCACAGCAACGCCGUCCACCAGCACUUCG